AUGGAAAACUUGGAGGGGUUGCUCAUGGUCCCUCCGGACAGGGGCCAGAUCCUUGGUAGAGCUGUCUGGAAGGACGAUACUGAACCAAGCCAACAAUGGCCCAUAAACUCUAUUACCGACUGUCAGGUCCAGCAGAUCGCCCACCGCAAACAGGGCCCUGUCCUUCCCACUCUCGUCAUCUCCAUCGCCGACAAGGAGAAAAAGCGACGGUCGAGCCGAGCUGCCGGCCUUAUAUCCUCCAGUAAAGAAGCCAACGCAACGACACUCUGGUUCCGGACCCCUACAGACGACCACCACUUGAGCUUACACGAGUGGGCUCGCUUCAUUCUCGCCAGAAAGUCUCCCAUGAGCCCCGAGAGCCCAAUGUCACCCCAAUUUUCGAACCCGUUUUCGUCGAGACCUCGCGAUACAUCCGACUACUUCUCGCGGCCAACGAGCGGAAACCAGUCUGGCCGUUCUGAUACCCGUGCCCUUCAGCAUAAGAGCUCCUCCAACACCCACUCGACGGCUACUCGAGAUCGACCCCUUACCUUCAGCUCCGAGUCGCCUAGCUUGCGAUCUAAACGUAGUGAUGUGUCUUCCCCUUCGAGCAGCAACUAUCCAAUUCAGCAGAUGAACUUCCCAAUACCCGGACAGCACUACACUACGGUCCUCCCCACCGACCUGCCAUCUCCUGUCACCACAACGGGAGAAUAUCAAGGAGAGUUUAUUGAGGGUUGGACAUCAGCGCAGGGGCGAUCAUCUACGAUGAGCUCGCCUAUUCGAGGACGCAGCAGCAUUGGCUCGCAGACGCCUCAUCCUUCAACUACCGCAACCGACUCGAGUUCCCCCCCUGGACCACGCGAGACCAUCUUGGACAGGGCCUUUCAGAUGCGAUGCAUCCCUGGCUCUGAACGAGAGGUGCCAGGCGAGGAGAAACUGAGUUCUUUGGCGCGGUUUGAUGCGCUUAUGCGGGAAGCUGACGAGAAGCGAAAACAGAGGGAAGAAGCCGAACGAGCCCAACAGAUGGCGAUGCGUAGUGCUUUCGAAGCGUCUGACAGCUCCAGCGAGGAGCAAGAUAGUGAUUCAGACGACUUGGAUGAGGACGCAUACGGCGGAGUACCGGAACGACGGGGACCGGCACUGAUACCGCCUACGACGCAACGAGCCCUGCAGUUUAUCACUGGCCGUCACGAAGCGGCGCCGCCUUCACCAUCAGGUCGUCCCCCUGUGACCAGGACACAGAUACCGCAAUCGCCUCCGCUGCGGCCGCAUACAGCGCAUGCCAAGAGCCGUCCAACUCCGAGCCAGAGGACCAACAGCACUCCCCAGCUGACUCCUGGUAUGGCCAAUCUGGAGAUAUCAACAGCAACCCCCACCAAGGUAUCCGAUGAUGGCGCGAUACGGCCGAAUGCAGACAAGCGUCUGUCCACUUCGAGCACCGCUACCAAAAGACGAACGCUAGUGGGGGGAGUUCCCGGGGAAGCAGCGAGAUCGACAUCCAGCCCUCGUCCCUACCCCGUGGGACGCUGA